AUGUCGCGUGUCGCCAGGGACUCGACAACAUCAAUAUCUACCACUCCAGACAGCGACUCAACUCUUCUCGAAUCGACCAGAAACACGCUGACACCGGCAACAAGCGUCUCUGAGACCUCGAGCAAUGCUGAUAUUCCAGUUACAAAGACCGCCUCUCAGACGAAUGCGCCCCAGACGCGUCGCGUAACUCGAGCAUCUAUCGGAGACCGGAGAGACAACAAUGCUGAGAAUAAUAGAGAUAGACAGGAAGAUGGCUUGAAGGAGGAUAUAUCCGCGUCAUUUUCCGAGGGCGAAGCUGUUGUUAAGUGUGAACCGGCCCAAGGACUUGGACGGGGUUCUUUACGUGGCCGUCGUGGGUUGUCUGCGGCAGCAUUGGAGCCAUUUCAAGAAGAGGCGACGGCGGAUAUACAACUGGAGAAAACCAAGAGUAACACUACAAACGAUCAUCUAAAGGAAGAAACUGGAUCGAGGCCUGAGUCGUCUGGAAAGGCUGAUCCGGCGCAACCUAGGAGACGGUCCGGUCGACUGACCCUUUUAGAGAAAACUAAGACAGUUUUAAACCAGGUUUCCUCAAUCCUAGGGAAACGGCAGAGAGAUGGCAAGGAGUCCUUGAAGUCCAAGUCUAAGGUGGAGGAUAGAAGGUCCAGUCUACGUUCGAGAACAGCUGUGCCUAAGGAGCCCCAUGAGGAGCCUGCUGCCAAGAAGAGACGCGUACCUGAGAGUGCCUCCUCUCUAAAGAAAGAACAGGCAACAGACCAGCCAUCUUCAGCUACGCAUAAAGAAGUUAUCCAGACAGCGCCAAAGAGGAAGAAAUGGCUCACACAUGGCCUCUAUGCUGGCCCCAAUGCCUUUGCUAAGCUCGAGCUCCCUGGCCCCCAAAGCAAACGAAAGGGAACUAGACAACCCACGCGCGAGCGUGUGCUGUUUCCUAUGCCCAAGUACUCUGGCGCUUUAUUACUGGAAAGAGGGAGGCCCUUUAGAUUACCCUAUGAUAUAUUUUCUCCGUUGCCUCGCGGCCAGCCUAAGCCAGACGAAUGGCGUAAGAUAAACAAGAAUAUAUUCAUUGGAGAUGCGGCUGGUAUCUGGAGGGCUACCAUGCCAACUGAGCAAUCUACUUGUCUCUGUACCCCUGAGAUGGGAUGUGAAGAGAACUGCCAGAACCGCCACAUGUUCUAUGAAUGUGACGAGAACAAUUGCAAACUCGGCGAAGACAUCUGCAGGAACCGCAAUUUUUCUGAGCUGCGCAGACGGAAUAAAACGGGAGGUAAGUAUAACAUUGGAGUUGAGGUCAUAAAAACAGAAAGCCGCGGAUAUGGUGUCCGAAGCAACAGGACUUUUGAACCCAACCAAAUUAUUGUCGAGUAUACGGGGGAGAUACUCACUCAAAUUGAGGCUCAGCGCCGAAUGAAAACGAUUUACAAGAAAAAUGAGUGCUUUUAUUUGAUGGAUUUUGACCAAGAUAUGAUCAUUGACGCGACACGAGGAUCGAUUGCACGCUUUGUGAAUCACUCAUGCGAACCUAACUGCAAGAUGGAGAAAUGGAUUGUUGCCGGAAAGCCGAGGAUUGCCCUCUUUGCUGGUGAUAAUGGUAUUAUGACUGGCGAAGAGUUAACCUAUGACUACAACUUUGACCCCUACUCCAAUAAGAAUGUCCAAGAAUGCCGUUGCGGCACGCCAUCUUGCCGCGGUGUAUUGGGACCAAGACCAAAAGGGAAAGAUUCCAAAGAGAAAUCCGCUACCAAAUCAGCCGGCGCUGGAACCAAGCGCAAGUCACAGGGAGUUGCCGAUGAGCCAGUUUCGAAGAAACAACAAACAAUCAAGCAGUCAUCCGUUAAAGCUGGUUUGAAGCGAGUUGUCUCAAAGGCUUCCCAGGGCAUAAAGGCCCAGGCUAAGGCAAUAAAGGCGCCCAAGAAACGAGUGGGUGUUCGAUUCAACAAAUCUGCAAAGACCAAGGCUGCUGCGACUACGGCUGCUGCUGACGUCUCAUUCAAAUCCGUUUCCCGUUCUUCAAAGACCAGUAAGCAAGCCCAAGUUAGAAUUACUGCGAAGACGGCUGUCCAAGCUGUUCUGCGAGGAAGUAGAGGUGGACGGAGGUCAACUACCAAGUCUUGA